UCCUCCAUCUCCCAUCCACCAUCAUCCACUCUUCACAACCUGCUACUCCUGUUCCUUUCUUUCUCUCACAGUGUUUCUGACCCCCAGUACCAUCACGUUACAGCCACAGCGCUCCCAUAUCGCUCUCUGCGGCAAUGCUAUCCACAUCCUCCGGGUCGUGGCCCCAGCAUUCAUCUACCGCAACCACUGCCUUCAACGCCGUACCCGCCAGACGCACCCUCAACCAGCCCGGACCCGUUCCACCGCAGAUGGCUCAACCACAACCUACCCCGAAGAACAAAGUCGACUGGUCCAAGGCAGUCCGUGAUUAUGUGCAACGUGCGUUCGCGCAAGAGAACAACGUCGCAGGCGUGUCGCGAGAGGAAGUCCAAGAAAAAUUGAAACAAGUCAUCACCGCGGUCGCUGAGAAGGGGAUGAUGGACGACGUGGACUGGGCGAACCAUCCUCUCCCCCAGCAAUUCGUGCUACAAGACAGGAGGAGGGCCCUAGGUGUAGACGGGCAGCAGAACGCGUGGCCCACCCUCGCGUCACACCUCGCUGACACGUUGAAUGGACACACUAACAACUUAUCAUUAUCUCCCUCUUCCAAGAAACGCAAGUCUACCGAUGCAUCGCUGACGGAACACCCCGACGACUCGGUACCGCCUUGGAGGAAGACUAACAACCGCAAUAUAUUCGAAGACCGCAUCACAUACGCCAAUCAAGGCCAGGCCAAUCGUGUCGACAAGAAACAGCGCAAGAACAAGGAAAAAGACAAUUUCAUCAACUGUAAGUUCUCGCCAGCCGAGUUGGAAAAGCGCAGGCAGCGAUUCGGGAAUAUUUCCACGGACGUCACACCUCCUUGGGCAUCCCCACGGACCGAUCCCGACGCUGAACUGAAGUCUGGCCCGGUGGUUGGCACAUGCCAAGAAUUGGAAAAACGAUACUUUCGUUUGACUGCCCCCCCGAAGCCUGAAACUGUCCGUUCUUUGCCCGUACUAGAGCAAACUCUGGCACUCCUGAAGCAGAAAUGGCGAGACGAGAAGAACUACGGCUACAUCUGUGACCAAUUCAAGUCUCUACGGCAGGACCUGACUGUCCAACACAUCAGGAGCGCGUUUACCGUUGAUGUGUAUGAAAUACACGCCAGGAUUGCUCUCGAAAAGGGGGAUUUGGGUGAGUAUAACCAGUGCCAGACUCAGCUGCGGGCGCUGUAUUCGCAGAACCUGGGAGGGCACCCAGAGGAGUUCCUGGCUUAUCGUAUCCUCUAUUUCAUUCACACGUGCAACCGAACCGACAUGAACGACAUGUUGGCAGACUUAACCCCUACAGACAAGAACGACCCCGCUGUCAAGCACGCACUGGCAGUCCGCUCUGCGCUGGCUUUGGGCAAUUACCAUAGGUUUUUCAGACUAUAUAUUGACUAUCCCAAUCUGGGGGGCUAUUUGAUGGACAAAUUCGUUGAUCGCGAGCGUGUCGCUGCUCUCGCUAAUAUGUGCAAAGCGUAUAAACCCUUUGUCAAGUUAAGCUUCCUCUCUUUCGAACUCGGGUUUGAAAACGAUCGUGCUUGUCUCGAUUUCCUCGUCGAAAAGCAAGCCCAGCACCUGAUCCAGGACAUGAAUGAAGGACUCUGUUUCCAGACAGGCAAAGCUGGGAUGAUGUUCGACCAGCUGCGAGCCCAAGCAUUCGCCAAAAUAGACAUUAAAGGACAAAUAUAAGCCGUCUGAAACGACGUGGUAGGGUGUCAUGCACCUUGCCGCAUGUGCUUUUGUUCUUCCUUUACGACCGUCCUUCAAUUUUGUUCAUAUCUCGAUACGAAUUCUCUCUGCGGCGACUCAGCGAGUUUACAAGUCUUCCCCCGACGGUCAGCUCCAACUAUCAGCUUUACUUUCGUCUCCGCCUUCACUACUUACUGCCCGCUGCUACUGCAUUACUUGGACUCGAUUUGGCCUUGUUUCCGAGCCUGCCAAGCGGCAGCUUCGUUUCGGCAGGCUUCCACCGGCCGGAUCGUGGGGUUGCCAGAAGCUUCCUCGGCCGCGUCCAAAACGUUUC